AAUCCUCUUUUUCCCCAAACAAAUCCUCGUCUCUGGGAGGAACACACGAAGAUACUGUGCUCUUAUCCACCAAAAGCUUACUCCAAUCCCUAAUUGCUUUAUUUGAAUGCCAUUAAUAUAAUAUUAAGGUUAUUCAACUUCAUCAUCUGCUGUGAAAAGUUUACUACAGAGAACUAGUGGUUAGCUCAGAUGAAUUCCUUGACUCUGAAACCCUCCCUCUUUGUAUCUAAAUUAUCUUCUUCUUCCUCUUCUUCUGCUGCUGCUGCUUCUAGUUCUACGAUUAUUGUUUCUGCUUCACCUUCAGCAACUCUCUCAAGAAAAACGAAGCAUGGUAUUAAAGGAAGAUUAGCUUUGAGAAUUAGAGCUUAUGAUUUUUCCAAGGAUGACUCUGCAAGUAACUCCGGUGAUUCCAAGCCCCCCAAUGGAACUCCGUCAAAGACCAGGAGAGAAAUUCUAUUGGAGUACGUUAAAAAUGUGCAGCCAGAGUUUAUGGAGCUAUUUGUCAAAAGGGCACCACAGCAGGUAGUUGAUGCAAUGCGACAAACAGUGACGAAUAUGAUUGGUACACUACCCUCGCAAUUUUUUGCUGUAACUGUUACCGCUGUAGCUGAAAAUCUUGCACAGCUUAUGUACAGUGUUAUGAUGACUGGUUAUAUGUUUAAGAAUGCACAGUACUGCUUGGAAUUGCAACAAAGUUUGGAGCAAGUUGCUCUACCUGAUGUGCAAGAUAAAAAGGAUUUGCCAGAUUAUGCACCGGCUACACAGAAGAAUCUGUCUGGUGAAGUUAUUAGGUGGAAUAAUGUUUCUGGUCCUGAGAAAAUAGAUGCUAAAAAGUAUAUUGAGUUACUUGAAGCAGAAAUUGAAGAACUCAAUCAUCAAGUUGGUGGAAAAUCUGCAAAUGGACAGAAUGAGUUGUUAGAAUAUCUCAAGUCUCUUGAGCCACAAAAUCUGAAGGAGUUGACAAGUAGUGCUGGAGAGGAUGUCAUGCUUGCCAUGAACACCUUUAUUAAGCGGCUCUUAGCUGUUGCAGAUCCAGAAGAAAUGAAGACAAGUAUAACAGAGACUAGUGCACCAGAACUUGCCAAACUGCUUUAUUGGCUGAUGGUGGUUGGGUACAGUAUUCGCAACAUUGAAGUUCGUUUUGAUAUGGAUCGGGUACUUGGGACACCUCCGAAGCUUGCAGAAUUACCUCUGGGAGAAAACAUUUGAUCUUGAUGUCAGGACAAGGGUAGAGUGCAAUAAUUUAGUGCUGGAUUUACUAUGUAACUAAGCUGGUGCAGUUUUGUGUUCCACAUGGAUUGAAGCAGCAGAAGGCUUAUUGCAGGGAUGAGCUGCCGCAAAGUAGGUAUUUUUGGAUGCUGCUGCUCUUUCUUAAGUAUUGCAAAACCUUCAAGAAAUUGUUGGUAGAAAAGAUGAUUGUCAUCUCCUGAUAGGUAAAGAUUCUUGAUAUAUUGUCUCAAAUUUGAUGUAUUCUUGAUUCCUGAUCUCUCUUUUUGGUUUGAGAUGCAGGACAUGAUGAAUCUUGAACUAAUUAAUCAACUGUGUUUUUCUAA